GCUGGAAACAGUCAGGACGGUGAUGGAAAAGAUGAUGAUGGCGGGGGUAAAAAAGAUAAUGGAGAUGCCGAAGGCAAAGAUAACUGGGAAAAAGAACGUAAAAAGGUGACAAUGUAUGAUAUUGAAAAGAUGAUGAAGAUCGCUUCUCUUAUAGCAAUGUUUAGAACACCCUGUUGCGGUUGUCCUUCUUGCUGCUGUUCUUCAAAUGGUCGCAAUGGCAACCAGCUCCUUUUGGGCCAGAUAAAGGAGAAGGAGGAAGAGGAGAAGCGAGAGGAGGCAGAGGCGGAGGCGGAGGUAGGGGCGGAGGUAGAGGUGGAGGAAGAGGAGGACGAGGACGAGGAAGGGGGGGUGGAGAGUCAGGGCAACAAGGCGAAGGCAGCAUAA